AUGACAUCUACACUCCAGUGGGAACUGAAGGUAGAGGAAGGUCAAGACUAUGAGAAGAGUAUCAGUGUGACUGGCCAUGUAGGAGGAAGUGUGAACAUCAUCUGCAAAUACCCAAAAUCCCACAGCAGUGACCCCAAGUUUCUCUGUAGCAGAGUGGGCUCUGCUGGCUGUAAAUAUAAAACAUCUAUUAAAGAGAGCAGAAAACAGAUAAAUGUGGGAAAUCUGUAUCUACAUGAUGACAGAGCAAAGCAGGUCUUCACUGUGAUCAUCAAAAGUCUGAUUGAGGGAGACUCUGGUGAAUACUGGUGUGGAGCUGAAUCAGACUGGGCAUCGGACCAUGGAUACAAGGUUUAUAUCACACAGAUCAACCUCAGAGUUACUGCAACAUCAUCACCAUCAAGCUCAACUCCACACAGCACAGAAACAAAUUCUACAACUGCAUCAACAGGUUCUCCAUCUCCAGCAUUUCCAGUUUCCUCUGUGGUCACUGGUGUGUCUGUGAUUCUGCUGCUGCUUCUGAUUGGGCUCUUAUUCUUCACAGUGACUCUUAGAAGGAGAAACAAGACUCAAGGUCCAGCCUCAACCAAAGGCCAAUCACAGAGAGGCUCCUCAGACAACCACACGGUUUCCCGUGAUGUCUGUGUCUACGAGGAGGUUAAAGACAUUUCGUCCUCAGAUGCUGGAGCUUCUACAGUCAACUCUACUGCUGAACUACCUACAAACCCCUCAGAACCUCCUCAAAGUGUUCCAACAUACUCAACAGUGAAUUUUAGCCAGAAUGCGGAUAGUUCUACUGAUGCUGUUACCAUGGCAACCUUUAACAAGGAGAACGACUCAUGUGACUAUGCUACAGUCAAAUAUUAG